AAAAAAAAGGCGAGUUUCAUUCAUGGUUUGUGGAGUGGUAGUGUAGUAAUCAUUGAUGAUGAUUGUUGUUGUUUUUGAUGGUGCGAUAGUUUUUGGUGGAUGCACAAGUUGCCAAAAGAUGAUGAUGAAGAAAAAGGGUUUCGUAUUGUAGGUGUUGCGGGGGUGGGGGGUGUUUGGUUUUCAGGUUUUGCCCGUGUUUUGUCCUUCUCGUAGGUUCGGUCAUCCUCCAUCCCCCCCACUCCCGGUUAAUGCGCAGCGGCAAGCAGCCCUUCCUAUACGGGGUGAGUGUAUCCGGCCGAUGGCUAGUGAGUGUCCUCCACGAAGAAGACCGAGCGCUUCCGACGCGACUCCCCGAUACACCGGAUCGUCUCCUUGUCCAUGUACACACACGCGUUCAGGACACUGGCUACUCAGCAUCUCUCGCUGGUCCAGCGCAUACAUACACACACUACUGCAUACAUACUCUCACGAGAGUAGUUUGCAGCAUCGGUAGCAGCAGGAGUAGACUCCUUCGCUUCCUUCCUCAUUCAAUCUCUUCAGUGGUGGUGAUAAAACACGUGAGGAAGUCGUAGUCUUCCGGAACUUCGUCAACGAAACCACCGACCCCAGUGCAACAACAUCAUCCCAAUAAGAAACUCUAUAGUUUCUGCAGGAUUUGAAAACAGUGCCGCGAACACAAGUAUAAUCCUCCUGGCGAGGAACAAGUGCUCGAACAAAAACAAACAACUACAGUUCUAUCGUGCAAUUGCAACAAUACAAAAAAUAAAUAAAGAUCGUUCGUUGAUAUCUAAAACUCGAGUGUUAUUAUUAUUGUUUGGUUGUCAUCCAGUAAGCAGGAAGAUGAUUUAAAACAUAAACUUUUUCUUUCUGUUUGUUUUUUGGGAUACUUCAAAGUCAAAAAAUACAAUGGAUUUAAGCUGAUCUAAAGCGAAGUGUUUGUUUCGUAACUUAGUUAUGCUGUGCUCCCAUCGGUGCAUCAUCGUGUAGAGUUAAGAAGACAGCGAAAACCUCCCGCAAACAAAAAACAACAAAAAUCCGCCAAGAUGAGAAUUAAAAUGCCCGCCGUGCGGAUCGCCCAAGAUACGGACGAGCCAGAUACGGAAACGUCGCACCAGGACAUACUGACAUGCGGCACAUGCCAAAAACCGUUCGCCCUCUCGGACAUCGUUCGCUUCAUCCAACAUAAAAUCACGUCCUGCAGCAAGGAGAACCUAGGCAACUGCUUCGGCAGUCACGGUGAUAAUCACAACGAUAACGACGGUGGCUUUCCUUUAUCCACGAUAAACACGAGACGGCCGAGCAUCUCGGCACCGAUCUCCGGAAAGAAGGCUUCCGGAAGCGGCACGACGAGGGUGCACACACCGCCCCCAGCGUCGCCAAGGUUACCAGCACCAGGAGACCUCUGCGUCGACGGCGCCGCUUCUUCCACGCCGAAAAGACGAGCCUCCUCAUCCCCUCUGACAUCCUCCGGGAGUUUAGAGGAUGGCGAGGACAUCAAGCCCAGAAUCAAACAGGAGCGCAUGGAUAUGUCCUCCUCCUGCCCCGAAGAGAGUUCCUGCAAGAAGUCGCGCACGGAAGUCGCCGACGCAGAAUCCAACACAACGCACAGCGAACCCAGCAACUACGUGUGCUCCACGUGCAAGGCGAGACUGCAUUCCGCUUGGAGACUAGUACAACACGUCCAGCAUUCGCAUGGCGUCAAAAUAUACGUUGAGAGUUCACCUUCGUCGAUCUCGAAGACGAGCAGCACGAGCACAAACAGCAGCAACGGAAACAGCAACAACAACCACAGUUCGAGCAGCUCAAGUUCGACGUCAUCAGGAUGCUCGUCGGGUAGCAGCGCGCCGCCACCUCAGAUGAGGCAUCACUUGCUGCCGCCACCAGAUAUGCACAACCCGUUCAGCGUCGGUGGUCUACUUCGUUUGCCGUUGCCGCCGCUCAACCAUGGACCCGUUCCUCCGGCGCCGCUCUUCUCCAGGCCCGAACAUCACUUCAGGAUGGAGCAGCUCGUCAGCGAACAGUUCCGACACCACGGAUUGAAUCUGGCUGCAGCAGCAGCAGCCGUUGCCGCCAGUGGAGGCGUUGUUCCUCAUCCGCCGCAUCCAAAUUUUCCGUCGCCGGCGGAUCGUCAGCCGGUGGGGCCAACGAUGAUCCGCGAACGGUCAACGCCAAACCAACAACAGCAGCAGCAACAACUCUCAAUGGAACCGCAACUGGAUUUUUACUCGCAGCGGUUGAGGCAACUCGCUGGUACCACCAGCCCGGGGGCGGCUCAGGCGAGCUCCCCGUCACCCCGGAAGCUCUCACCGCCAUUCGCAAGUCCCUCGCCUUCCUCCCUCCCUAUAAAUACCAGUCACAACACAAGUAGCUUAAGCAGUAACAACAAUAACAACAAUAGCAACGUGAACAACAACAACAACAGCAGUGGGGAGAGCAGGCCGCAGAGCGUGUCGCCACAAACUAAAAUUGAAGAUGCCCCACAACCGCUGACCACGACGCCCAGAUCCACGGCAACACCGGAUGGAAAACCGCUGUCGCCUAGGAAUUCGAGCGUCGACGCUGUUCACGCGUGCGAUUACUGCGGAAAGAAGUUCAGGUAUCAGAGUAAUUUGGAUGUGCACCGGAGGACGCACACCGGAGAGCUCCCGUACAAGUGCACCGUAUGCGAUCACGCCUGUGCGCAAAGUUCAAAGUUGAAGCGACACAUGAAGAUCCAUCGGACGCCGGAAGACCGUACCAGCAAUGCCGGAUCUGUGGAAACCAUCGACGGAGAGGACAGCGACGAGGAGGAGGAUUUGGAUGAGGAGGAGGACGAGGAUGAGGAGAUGGAGGCUGAGGAGGAGGAAGCCGAAGACCUGAGUGUUCCUAGUCAAAAUGCGACCGUGAAGGGUUCGCAAUCGGCGAGUCUUGUUGGCGAGCUGAUGGACAAGUUCGGGUUGAGCAACAUCGCACAAUACAACGAAGCCUACAAGCAGGCCCUCCAGGAGUCCGGAUCUGCGCUGAAGCUGCAGAUGUCGAGCAAGGAUCGUGACAACAACAACAGUACUCUCGCAGCUCAGCUUAAGCUGCGCGAAGAGUUCAAGAGUCUCCUACCCGGCCCUGCGCCUCAUCCGAUGCCGCUCUUCCCGCCCUUCAACGAUGCCUACGAAACGACGAAGAGACUUAAGCUGGACGAAUGGUGGAUGCCCGGUUUAUCGCGCGAUGGAAAAGGUCUCGCAGGACCGAGCCUCAUUCCCGGACCCCUGCUGAAGAAGGAGUCCAGACGUAACGAUACCUGCGAAUUCUGUGGCAAAGUCUUCAAGAACUGUUCGAACCUGACCGUUCAUCGGCGAUCCCACACAGGGGAGAAACCGUACAAGUGCGAGCUGUGCUCGUAUGCUUGCGCCCAGAGCUCGAAACUGACGAGACACAUGAAGACGCACGGUCGCAUCGGCAAGGAUGUUUACCGCUGCAGGUUCUGUGAGAUGCCCUUCUCGGUGCCGUCCACCCUCGAGAAGCACAUGAGGAAGUGCGUCGUAAAUCAGGGCAAAGGACAUCUUCUAGCCACGAUGCCGAUGCUCUCAGGAGAUGAGGACAGCUCGACGAGCAUCACAUCCAAGGAGGCCACAUGACUCUUUCCGUGGGGCGGAGUGCGUCUACCCCCGCCCCCGUCCAGCCUCACCUACUAGUCGCGAAAUCCCUCAAAACCCCAACAACAACUGAAAGACAUUAACUGUUGAAAUUCCCCAACAAAACAUCAACCGCUCCUAGAAGGACAAAGAAUGUGUUGAAGUUUUAUUUACGCAACAAAAAAAACCGGUUGAUUCCACAUUAAAUAACGGACCCAGUUCCCGGGUUGGCCUAAAGUCGCGCGCUCAGAAUCACUUAGGGAUACACAAAAAAAAACGCCAAAAAUUCGUUUCUGUUCUAUUAUUAUUAUUACACGCAAUAGUAUUUA